AUGUCAACUUCAGGCGAUAGCUCAUGGGAAAAUAUUUUAGAAGGAUCACCUUCACAUCAUAUAUAUGAGGAACUCAAUAAUAAUGUUGAGGGAACGAGUUACGAUAAUUACUGUAGUUCAUUCAAGAAUUCACAAGAUAAUACUGACAAUGCAAAUUAUAAUCUCUGUAAAAAAAUUGCAAGAAAUGCACAUAAAAUAUCUAAUUACUUUAAUACAAUUAAGUAUACUACUCAGUGUGCACAUUAUAAAUACUGGAUAUAUCAUAAUAUAAAGAAACUUUUAGGAGAUAGUACUGAUAAUGGUAAAGCAAAACUCAUAACUGAUGAAUUCAUGCAAUCUCAAAAUAAAUUUAAAUAUUAUUUUAAUGUAUAUAAUUGUAAAUAUGACUUUAAGACUAAUAUUUUACAAAGAUUAAAUGAUAUGGUAGAAGAGAAAUACUUAUAUGAUUAUUUUGAAAAUUUUGACAUCAUUAAAACGCAAAAAACAUGUCAAAAUAUUAAUUCUCAGAAUUAUGAAAAUUAUCUUAAUUAUAUUAUUACACUAUAUAACAAGUACAAAAAUCAGAAGGAAUGUUGCAUAGAUUUAUUUUGGACAGAAUGUGGAGAUUAUUUUAAAUGCAAUGAAGAAUUUGAUCCUAAUAAAUUGUUGUCUACUUUAAAGUCUAACGGAAGUAAAAAGUGCGAUAACUUAAUAAAAGCUCAGACACAUCCAACAUCAGGUAGUAUAAUGCAUUGGGGGCAUUCCCUAACAAAUGUUACAGAUUCAAUUUAUUAUUUUAUGUGUACAGAUAUACCAAAUGGUAACAUUACAAAUAGCCAACAAAAAGAUGGAAGGCUUAGAUGUCAAAGAUUUAGGACAUCCGAUAGAUCACAUAAUAAUCUAAUAUCGCCUUCUCUUCAACCUCGUUCUGUGCAGGUUCCUUUUACGAUUUCUGGACAAAGAGGAUUUUCUUUAUCUACAGAAUUACUACGUGAUAAUUCAAUAUCAAGAGGAAACAAAGAACAAUCAAGCCAAUCAUCCUCUUUGCAACAAUCACAUGUAUCUGAAAAUAACAGCAGUGAUAAAAAUACGCCAUGCAAUGAUCCAUUAUUAGUAAGAGAUAUAUCAGGAAUAUGCAGAGAGCCCGAUGUUCGCGAAACUCAAACUAUUGGAGUAAAAUUGAACACAUAUGCUCCAGGAAGAAAAAUAAAAAUCAGAUUAAAUCCUAAUUCUUAUAUGUUCAAAAACAAAAUUUUUCGCGGUGGAAUCGUAUUUACUCUGAUAAUGGGAAUAAUAUUCACUAUUUACCUUUUUUAUAAAUUUACUCCUUUUGGAAGAUGUUUUCAUAAAAAAGUAUCAAGGAAAAAAAGAAUUGACGAUUAUUAUGAUGAUCCCUAUAUGCGGCAGUUUAUUAUCCGCGCUCCAAAAUCGACUAAAAGAAGAACUGGGAAUAGGGGAUUACAAUUCUUUUAUUAUUCUAGGUGA